GAGUAUUUGAAAUCACUCUUCGAAGAAGUGGGGCGAGUCACGCACUUCGAGCUCUGGAAAGGACCUGAUGGCCAGUCCCUGGGCCGAGGAAAGGUGACAUACACAUCCACUGCUGAUGCCAAUAUGGCUGUGAAGCAGCUCAGUGGGUGGUAUGUACAUGGGCGCACCAUGCGGGUCUGCCUCUUCCGGCCGCCAAGUGAAGAGCGUGGGGCCGAUCCGGGCAAGAAG